GUUUUCUCGGCGCCUAUGGGGCAGAUUUUUGACAGGUUACAAUCGUUUGGUGAAUUCGAGGUCAUACAUUUUGGGGACAAGGUGAUCCUUGAAGAGCCAGUAGAGAGCUGGCCAAUAUGUGAUUGUUUGAUUGCUUUCUAUUCCUCUGGAUAUCCCCUCGAAAAGGCUGAGGCGUAUGCUGCUUUAAGGAAACCUUUUCUAGUAAAUGAACUGGAGCCCCAGCACCUUCUUCAUGACCGAAGGAAAGUAUAUGAGCGUCUUGAAAUGUUUGGAAUACCUGUUCCAAGAUAUGCCCUUGUAAUUAGGGAAAUCCCAUAUCAAGAACUGGAUUACUUCAUUGAGGAAGAAGAUUUUGUUGAGGUUCAUGGUAUGCGUUUCUGGAAGCCAUUUGUAGAGAAGCCUGUUGAUGCUGAUAACCACAGUAUAAUGAUAUAUUAUCCCAGCUCAGCAGGUGCAGGUAUGAAGGAAUUAUUUAGGAAGGUUGGCAAUAGGUCCAGUGAGUUCCAUCCAGAGGUGAGAAGAGUGAGGCGCGAAGGCUCCUAUAUUUAUGAGGAAUUUAUGCCAACUGGAGGGACCGAUGUUAAGGUGUACACAGUAGGUCCUGAAUAUGCUCAUGCUGAGGCAAGGAAGUCUCCUGUUGUUGAUGGUGUUGUUAUGAGAAAUCCUGAUGGGAAGGAAGUUAGGUAUCCAGUGUUACUGACUCCUGCUGAGAAAGAAAUGGCGAGAGAGGUUUGCAUUGCAUUCAGGCAAGCGGUUUGUGGGUUUGAUCUCUUGAGAAGUGAGGGAUGCUCGUAUGUUUGUGAUGUGAAUGGAUGGAGCUUUGUUAAAAACUCACACAAGUAUUAUGAUGAUGCUGCCUGUGUGCUGCGGAAAAUGUUGUUAGAUGCAAAAGCACCUCAUCUUUCUUCUGUGAUUCCACCAACUUUACCAUGGAAAGUAAAUGAACUAGUCCAACCUUCUGAGGGACUAACUCGUCAGGGUAGCGGUAUUAAUGGCACUUUUGGACAAUCUGAGGAACUACGUUGUGUAAUUGCUGUAAUUCGUCAUGGUGAUAGAACUCCUAAACAGAAGGUGAAAUUAAAGGUUACUGAGGAAAGGCUGUUGAACUUAAUGUUGAAAUACAAUGGUGGCCGACCUAGGUCUGAGACAAAACUUAAAAGUGCUGUUCAGCUGCAAGAUCUGUUAGAUGCCACACGAAUUCUGGUGCCUCGCACUAGACCAGAUCGAGAAAGUGAUAGUGAAGCUGAAGAUGUUGAGCAUGCUGAAAAGCUCCGUCAAGUUAAAGCAGUUCUUGAGGAGGGAGGUCAUUUCUCUGGCAUAUAUAGGAAGGUUCAACUAAAGCCACUAAAUUGGGUCAAAGUGACAAAAAGCAAUGGUGAAGUUGAAGAACGACCUGUUGAAGCUCUUAUGGUUCUUAAAUAUGGUGGUGUUCUUACACAUGCUGGCAGAAAGCAGGCUGAAGAAUUGGGAAGAUAUUUCCGGAAUAAAAUGUAUCCAGGAGAAGGUACAGGGCUGCUUCGUCUCCAUAGUACAUACCGUCAUGAUCUUAAGAUUUACAGCUCUGAUGAGGGUCGUGUGCAGAUGUCUGCGGCUGCUUUUGCCAAAGGUCUCCUUGACCUAGAAGGGCAGCUAACCCCAAUCCUGGUUUCUCUUGUCAGCAAAGACUCCUCCAUGUUGGAUGGGCUUGAAAAUGCCAAUACUGAAAUGAAAGAAGCCAAG